UGAAUAAUUGUGUACGGAGUGAAUGAAUCGAUGCGACGGCGGCGGCGGCGCGGGCGGCGCGGGUGUCGCGCGGGGGCGCGGGAGGGCUGCGUGGAGGGGUGCGCCGCGCCGCGCGACGCGCCAGUCUCGUGCCGGUAGUCGGUAGUGCAACCGAGCGACUCCGGGAGCCGUCCCCGCCGCGCCGUCGCUCGCUCGUAGUCGUAGUGCGCCCGCUGGCGCCAGAGCCCAUGGAAACCCAGAAUCAGGACGUGGCCCGAAGCCCUGCUGAGGUGCCCAAUGACCCCGGGAAGAUGUUCGUCGGAGGACUCAGCUGGCAGACUAGUCCAGAAAGCCUCCGAGACUACUUUAACAAAUUUGGUGAAAUCACAGAAGUUAUGGUUAUGAAAGAUCCAACAACGAGGCGAUCGAGGGGCUUUGGCUUUAUCACAUUCGGCGACCCAAGUAGCGUAGACAAAGUAUUAGCUCAAGGAACACACGAAUUAGACGGAAAAAAGAUUGACCCCAAAGUGGCCUUUCCUAGAAGAGCACAUCCAAAGAUGGUGACCAGGACAAAGAAAAUCUUCGUAGGAGGGCUCUCAGCACCCACAACGCUUGAGGAUGUAAAAAAUUACUUCGAACAGUUUGGACCGAUUGAAGACGCCAUGUUAAUGUUCGACAAACAAACCAAUAGGCACAGAGGAUUCGGUUUCGUCACAUUUCAAAGUGAAGACAUAGUAGAUAAAGUGUGCGAAAUACAUUUUCACGAAAUUAACAACAAAAUGGUGGAAUGCAAAAAAGCACAGCCUAAAGAAGUCAUGCUCCCAGCGAAUUUGGCAAAGACGAGAGCCGCUGGACGUGGCGCGUACGAUUUCAUGUGGUCAUUGGGUGCGCUUCCUGACGGUUUCCCCGCAGCGUACGCCGCCUACGCGGCAGGCCGUAGCUAUUCGGGCUAUCCUAGCUUCGGGCUGCCAUAUCCAGCAGUUGACCUGACGAACGGGCAACUAACACCGAACAACAACACACCGCUGCUCGCGCAAGCGCUGUCAGUGAUGAACAACUACCAGGCAGCAGCGGCCGGCUUCGGGCCCCCAGCGUCGCCGCACGCGGCCGGCGGCAGGGCCGGAUUCCCAGCGGCGAGCUCGCCAGGGCCAGCGCUGGACGUGUACGGCUCUGCGGCGGACAGCGUCGGAUACGUGCAAGCGGCUAGCCCCCAGCCCUCUGGAUUCCCAGCGAUCGCAGUCAGCCGCGCGCCUCUCAAUUAUACCCCAGGACCCCUGAUUCCUGCGGCUUUUACCAACGGUUAUCAUUGAAAGUGUUAUAGCACAAAUAUUUUACGUGGCGAGCGGUGUGGCGACGCGUAGCGUCCGAAGCGCAGCCCGGCCGCCGCACGACACGCAUUAUCCUCCAGCGUCCGCACCCGCGCCGCAACAGCCGACUUCGACCCGCGACAGGCUGCAUUGACAACGCGACAACGACCCGCGCGACGCCCGUGACGCGGCCAUCGGCGACAUCCUCGCCUCCGUCCGGCCUCCGCGCGGACCGAUACGUCGCCCGCGGCGUCUCAAUCUCGCACCGUAUCCCCCUCCGAACAUCCCGAUCCCACACACACCCUCCCCCCCACCAACCCCGUCUAUUGUAAAUAACAAUAAUCUACUUUUUGUCGUGUGAACGAAAGAUAGUCUAUCGAUUGAACAGGUAUUUUUUCAAACUUUUCUCGCUUCGACUGUACCGUAGAUGUGUUGUCAGAGUAAUAAACAAUUAAACUACAAAAAAAAAAUACAUUUCAUAAUUAUAUAAAGAUGCAUCUAGACGAUUUUAUUGCAGGGAGGUAUAUCUUAAAUAUUUUAUUAUUCAUAGAUAAACUACAGUUUAAGGUUUCAUAUGUGUCCCUACGCGCGCGGAAGUAAACUUGCGACGAAUAUGCCGUGCGCGUUUGCAUUAUAAAGUUUUAAUCGCAAGCUUUUUGAUUUCUUUAUUUAAUAGUGUUUGAGACGUAAUCGUAUUCGCAAUAAGCUUGUCCCCGCCCGUGUGUACAGAGUUGAGUUGAUCGGUAGCGGCAUAGGUUGGUAAGGCCGGUGGGGUCCUGCGCGUGCGAUGGACACGCCGCAGCGACAAGCGACGGCUGGAGACCGGAGACAAUAACGCGCUGCGCGACAAAACGUCCGCACGCCUCCUCGCUCGUCCACCAACACAUAUUUUAUUCUAUCUAUUUUUAAUAUUAAUGUCAAAUAUUAACAUAAUUAUUAUACUACUAUAUAUUAUGCAUAUUUUACCUAUGAAUGUAAUUAUUUUCGCCUAAUUCGAAUUGUAUAAAAUCACCUCUUUGAACGGCUCUUCUGUUUUAGUAGCUAACAAGUUUCUCGAUUACUUCCGUAUAAGACUAUGUUAGUUACGCGUAUACAUACUUUCUAAUAAUUAUGUAUUAUGAUAUAAAAUUUUAUCCUAAGGAUAAUAUGAUCAUGUUUACGAUUCAUAGGGACGUUGGAAAGCUAAGUCGGAACAUUUCAGAAUAUCUCUCAUCGCGUUAAGAUAAUAAUUCGUUUCUAUCUUGUACCUUUGAAAGUAGGUAUUGUAAUUAUAAUAAUAAUAACAAUUUUGUGCAUUACGUAAUAAAUAUUUCAUGGUUUCUUACGAUUGUAUUUACUGUAAUUUAAGACCACUGUUGAGAUAUUACAAGUCUCCAGACCGGAGCCACACCGAACUUAGUCGUAUUUAAAAUUUUUAACAAUAAUUCUUACCAAUAACUUUCGUACAGACGGUAUAGUUACACGACACAAACAUUUCAAUAAAAUAAAGACAGGGAAAAAUAAAAAAUUACAGCCAAAGGCGCAGGUUUGAGGUAAUAGAUUAAAUAUGAAGUCAAUUCAUUAAUCAUAUUCGUUAGGUACUGUUUGACAUUCGUAUCGACCACUGCAUCGGCAGCAGCGUGGGACCGCACGGACCGCGCGUCGCCCGCCGCCGCGCCACGCAGCGUUCUGCGCCCGCGCACGUGCCCUCCGCCGCUUGCUAUCACGUGCACUCAGUUGCAUUCAUUCGUUAUUUACUAUUAUUAAUCAUUACCUACAUCAAUUAAACAUUAAUAUUAUAAAUCUAGGUAUUAAAUUUUAGGUAAUAAUAAUAAACAAUCUUUUAAAUGCUAUUAUUAUAUAAAUACGUUAUAAAUAUAAAUGUUUCCUGUUACAAAAAAAAAAAUAUUGAAAAUGAUACGAAAUAAAUCAAUAUUCUUUUUAAAGGUAAUUUAUUACUUAUGAGUAUGUAGUUAAUUGAAUAAUGGAGUGUUAGAUAGAGUGCGCUCGUCGAAAGACUGCGCGCUCGCUUCGCGUUUUUUGUUCGUUCGUGCAGAGUUCGUUCGCUGAGAUGGUCACGUGUGGCGUGGCAGGCCACGCGCCGACCGCAAGCGCCGCGACCAGCUGCGCCGCGCCGCACACGCCGCAAGAGACGCGACCGCGAUUAUGUUGUUAAAAACGUUAGCUAGGAAAUUGAUAAUGAAAUCGAAAGGUGUGAGUCUGUAGGACGGUCGGAAUAUCGAUAUCAUACCUAACAAAUUAACGUAAUUAUUUGUUUUAUAUUUACGGUGUUAUAGGUAUUUAAGACAUUUUUUCUUAGAAUAUUUAAUUAUUACGAUGAGAUGUUAAAAUUGUUAGGCCCGGGCCGGCGGCGGAGUGGCGCGAGCGCACCACGCCGCCGUCGGCCAUCUCAUUCACAUUCACAUCCUCACUAUAAUUAUAUUUUCUUACCGACCUUUUUUAAAUGUAGGAGAAGCGCACACGGCCGCUUGUCCCCGUGCGAGUACGAGUACAAACAAACAUAUAGUGAGAACGUUCGUUUCGCCGCGUUCGUGAGAAGCCAUCGGUUCGCCGCGAUUGCAUCGAGACGAUACAUAAUGACAAUUAUUGUAUAUAAAUAGUUAGCCGCAUGUGUAAAAAGACGUUUAGGAAAGCGCCACACUGGACGUGUCUGCGCGACCGAUGUUACCGUCCGUCUGCCGAACCGUCAAUUAAGCGGUAAACAUCCGAUUUAGGAGGCAUCUAUCUGAACACUAGCAUUUUUAACGGCCUAGAAUGAACCAUGAGUCAGAAAUCUUAGUUAAAUUGUAUACAAUUUCCAAUAAACUAUAAUAUAUUUUUUAUCUUCAAAAUAAUGUUUCAAAUUUAUAUUUAUUUUAAGUGCAAUACGACUAGAUCCUAAAAAAGCUAGUGUGAACUCGGUCAUAGUUUGGCGCUGCACUCUUAGUCGAUACCAACUGGUCGAUAUUAGAUUCAUUUGAGCUGCAAUCAGGAUUAGCUUACGAUUGAUUAGUUUCAUUGUUGUUGUUAUGGUUUGUUAAUACGGUUUGUAAGAUUGUUUCGUUAGUCACCCUUAGGGCACCUAGGCACGGGCUAUAUUGUAAGGUUCUUCGCUUGCUGCUGUAAAUUAUUUGCUGACCAAUAGUUUUCAAUGUUUACUUUGAUCAGACUAGCUAGAAUUUGACAAAAACUAUAUAAGUUCAGAUAGGCUAUUGAUUCUUCGCGUAUUAUCUAAGUUGAAUUUCAUAACCAAAUAAUAUGGCCCAUGUUGUAGAGCCGAACAGCCAUGACGCGGUUGGUGAGCGGCCCCGGCGCGGGGCAGCUCUGUGCUGGCCCCGGCUGAGCCCGCCACCACCGCGUCGUCGUCUUCUCUCGCUUGUUCGUAUUACGCGAUAGUUGAAGUACUUCAGUCACCAUUUUAGAGAUUUGCUCUAUAUCAGAAUAAAGACUACGUAAUGAUAAGCGAGAUCUCAAAUUUAUUUUAAAAAUUCGUUAAUUGUGAUCCUAAUAAUGCGACUUAUCGUAUAUAUAAUAAAAUUAAAAGAUAAUUUAUUAUAUUUUGUAUAAUGACAUUCUACGUUAUUUUACACUUGAUCUACUUUAUAUUGUUAUUAAAGAUAAUAAUUAAUUUUAAUCUAAUAACGUGACAGACUGGUAAAGUUCGUAGAGUCGCCGUGGCGGCCAUAGAUCAGUAGCUUUGCAUAUUCGGCGAUGGCCAACUUAAUGUUUCAAGGACCAAAGGUAUACUUAUUCGCGUAGAACCGGACGCGCAUUGGCUCCGCACGAACCGACCCCAGCCGAUCGGUUGUUUCAUUGCAGCAUCAGAGCGUGUCUAUGAGUAUAGCUAUGAGAAUAGAGGCGGGUGGUGCGCCCGCGCCGCCGGACUCGCGCCCCCCCUCCCGGCACCCUGUCCCACCCCGCAACGCCGCCCGCUUGGUUUCGUUCUCGCGGUUACUUCUCGAUUGCGUGCUUCGCGUGCUGACUGAUUUUCUAUAGCAAUAAAAAAUCAAUUACCUAAGAUUUUACAUUAAAAUAAAUUUGGAGUUAUAUACGUUCGAAUUUGGUGUCAUGUACAUUUAAAAUAUUAGAGAAAGGAGAUAACGAUAGGCGAACGAGCCGCGACACCCGUCUCGGCUUCGGCGCAUUAUUUUCGUCAUUUCUUCGUGUAUAAUAAUAAUAAUAAUAUGUUACAAGAAUCUGUAUACAAUAUGGAUAUAAAUCGUAAUGAUGAAUAAAUUAGUUUUUACGGCAUCUCUUUAUUAAAAUAAUGAUAAUAUCAAAACGUUUUGUAAAAAGCGGUGGGUAUGUCCGCCGCCCCGAUUCCGUGCACCACUGCACUCUCUUAUUGAAAUAUUACAUUAUAUAACGUACAUAAUACUAUGAGAUAUAUAAUCAUACAGCCUCUCGGGGCGCGCGUGUAUGGCGAUGUAUGUAUACACAUUGUGCAAUGUACAUAUACCUAUUAUAAUACAAUGAUUUAAGACAAGGUUCACAUCGUGCCGUGUGUAUGUGGUAAUAAAUAUAAUAUGGACAUUGUUCAAA